AUGAAGCAGACAUUGAUUAUAACUGAAAUUGACAAAGAAAAAAGUUUGGUUCAAAGCUAAAAAUAAAUCAAAGUGAAUGAGGGAAAAGUUAUCUUUGAUAGUCUAACAUUUAUUUCUAAACCUGGAUCAGUAGGAGUUAUGUUCAAGAUAUAUUCUCCAAACAUCAUUGAUAGCUAUAUUAAUGUAUACCUUGUGAGCAUGGAUACUAUUCGUUAAAUCAAGAUUAAAAAGAAUGCCAAGAAUGUCCAGAUAAUGCUGAAUGUCCCGGAGGAGCUAGAAUAAUUGUAAAUGCUGGAUUCUGGUGAUCAUCAAAUUCCUCCACAAACUUAGUGGAAUGCUUACAGAACAAAGCUUGCUUAGGAGGAGAAUUUAUUGAAUAAGAUGAGAAUAGUCUUUGCAUAUUUGGUCAUGGUGGCAUAAAGCAAGGAUAGAUCUACAGUGCUUAAAAUUUUAACAAAUUUUGUCUAAAUGCUAACAAUGACAUUCUCAUUGAAAUUAGAUUGGCCUGUUUCAAUGUAAGAUUUUCAUAAUGUUGUAGCUCAAAUUGGAUACUCUUAAGAUUCAAUUAUUUCUAUAGAUUGUUUCUUAUCAGAAUCUGCUCCAUAUAAUACUAGCCACUCUCAUAUUUACUUAAAGACAAUUUUAAUUGGUUUAAUGCCGUUUAUGAUAUUUGUGAUUUUCUUAGUAGUAAUGAUCCUUCUUAUAAUUUUCCAAAGAAAGAGAUUUGAAAUUAUUAAAAAAUGGCUCGUGGUUUAAGCUUUAAUUGUUGUUCAUUUUUUACAUCCGUCAAUUUCAAAAUAUAUUGUAGGAAUAUUUUCUUGUACUGAAAUAAACCAAGGGCAGUAUUGGCUUUUGUCUGAUGUGCAAGUAGAGUGCUGGAAUGAUGAACAUUUAAAAUUUUGUUUAACGAUUGGUAUACCAUUCUUCUUACUAUGGGUAUUGGGAUAUCCUUCUUUCAUAUUUAUUCAUCUUUUUAGAAACAGAAAAAAUAUUAAUGAUCCAGAUUUCUAAGCCAAAUACUAAUUUAUAUUUUAAAUGAUGAUAUAACCCUACUAAGUACCAAUUUUAAAUGAACUGGAGAGAAGAGAAAUUUAAACUACUAUCUUUAUUUAUUUCAGUGCAUUACUCUUUACUCAGAAAUUGUCAAGUAAUAUCAAGCCAUUCACCUUCGUUAAUUAAGGUCAUGAGAUAUAAGUAGACUACUGUAGCUAAUAAAGUAAUAAAAAUACUUUUGAAAAUAAUGACAUUAGCAUUUUACCUGAGGAAUUUAAAGAUGUAUACUAUUAAAAUAGAGUAGCUUUGAAAGAUCAAACUCAAAAUUUAUCUGAAAUCAAUGUCUUAAGAAGCAUAAAUGAAUUACAUUAGUAACAUGUUGCUAAUCAAAAGAUGUGGCUUGGAAAAUAGCCCAUUAGGAAAAUAUUAUUUAUAAUUGUCUCCGUAGAAGUCAUCAUUGAAAAAAUCUAGUGA